AUGGCCGCCGAGACUACCACCCGCUUCCGCUCACACUGGGCCGCAAAUGUGUCCGAUAUCACUCCGCACACGAGCCCAGCCUUUAUGCCGCCCGCCGAGCUGCAGUCGUCCGAGGACUCGUCGUGGAUCAAGACGCACAAGACAGAGCCGCCGCUCGACUACACCACCGUGCCAGAGGAAGACCGCAGCAGGACGGUAGUGGUGACCAACAUCGACCCCGAGGCGUCCAACGCCCGGAUCCUCGACUUUUUGGCCUUUGCCGGCCGGAUCCAGGCCUUCGCCUUUGGUCGCGAUGCUGAGCCUGGGUCGGACGGCUCGCGCGAGCGCCAUGGCUACAUCACCUACGAGGAGCCGUCGUCGUUUACCACCGCGCUGCUGCUCUCGGGUGCCCGACUGCUGUCGACAAACCUUUCUAUCGCCCCGUACGAUGCGGUCUUUGACGCCGACAAGACGCCCGUCCCGCCCGAGGAGGCCGAGGAGGACGAGGGCAUCGAUGGCGAGGGCGUCGUCGACGCAGACUCGGUCGCCGAGCUCGACGCCGACUUUAUGGUGGCCGAGGCCGACUCGCCCGUCGAGCACUCUACGCUUCCCAAGUGCUCCAUCAUCGCCAUGAUCCUCGCCUCGGGCUACGUACUCUCCGCCAGCGCCGUGACCAAGGCCAAGGCUGUCGACGCCGGCACGCUCAACCUUGCCGACAAGUCAUCGGCCGCUUGGGCUGCAGCCGCAGCCAAGGCCCGCCGCAACGCCGCCGCCCGCGGCCUUGGCCGCGGCGUCUGCCGUGUCCGCUACGUCAUGGGCUCCGCCAUCGCCACCGCCCAGCACGCCGCCGCCGCCGUCGCCCGCAAGGCCGGCCUCGGUGGCUUCCUCUCCAAGGUCUCAUCAGCCUCAGCCAAGGUCAAGGACCAGACCAAGGCCGAGAUCCAACGUCGCCGCCAAUAG